AUGCCAGACAGUGAAAAGAGAUAUGCUAAGUUAAUCAUUGAUUUACUAUUAAGAUAUACCUUUCUUUUCGAAAUAUACUUGAAUAAACAUAUCAAAGUUGAUGAAGAGUAUAUACCUCCUUUUUUAAAUAGAAUAGGUGCAAGUCGUGUAGAUAUAUUGGAAAAUUCUGGCUUAAGUGAGGUGAAUCGAAGGUUACCUGACAUAGAAAAUCAAGUAAUCUUAAUUCUAUGUGAGGAUAUAGUGGUUGUAGUAAAUAUUAAAGUGUAUCUGAAAUUCAGAGUAUCAUUUUGGUAUCCAGUAGAGGCAAAAUCUCUAUUAUUAGUUCCUAACAAAGUAGAUACUGUGAGAUUAGUGAAUGAAGCUGCAGUAGAAAACAAAGAAGCUGUUUCUAGUAGAGAGUUCUACUUUAAUCUUAUUAAAUUACUUGCAGAUCUAGGAACUCCAAGGGACGAUAUUGAUAUAAACAAUUUUUUAAUAGAAUCCAUCUUAAAUUUUUUUAUGAAUAUUUGGGGUCCUAAUUUAGAUGUCUAUAAUGGAAAUGAUUUUGGAUGUAUGAGCUGGUUUCCUAUUGUUAACAGCCAAAAGAAAAUGAUAACUAUUCCAUCUAGUCUGAUACCUAUACCAAAAUCUAUAAUUAAUGAGUAUAUGAAUAUUGAUGGAAUAUAUAAUAUAUCUAAAUUGAAUUUAUCUAAAGAAUCAAAGAUAUUUCUGGAAAGAUUGAGUUUAGCUGUUAACAAAUAUUCUAAAUCAGGAUGCGUACCAAAAUUUACAUGGUCUACUCCUACUGAUUCAUGUUGGAUUCUACCUAGUUCUACUAUAAGAUGUGAAAAUUAUUCAGAUGUAAUGAUACUAUUGAAAGCUUCAACUAAAGUUUCAGAAGAUUUAGAGAGGAGUCAAAAUCAAAAGGAUUUCCAACAUGCAAUUCUUUUGCGAGAGUAUAUACCAACAUGGGACUCAUCCAUGGAAUUUCGCAUUUUUUUGUCAAAAGCGUCUCAAAACGCUUCAUUCCGUAUAAAUGGAAUAUCACAACGACAUAUAUCUCUUUACUUCGAAGAAUUAGUUAGCAACAAAGAAUUACAGAACGGAAUUUUAUCAUCAAUAAAUUCUAUAGUUAAAUGUGAUGAAAGAGAACUCAUUAAUGAAUUAUUUGAAGCAUUGAAGACAAAGAAAUUGGCAAUAGACGUUUAUUUAAUUAAAACAAGUACGAAAUAUAAAUUUAGGUCUCUCAUAGUUGAUGUAUCCUUAAUGUAUAAUAUAGACACUUUAUUAUUUUCAUUUUCGGAGCUUAAAUUUAAUCAAUUAAGACAGAUUGACGAACUAAAUUUGAUAGAUUUGUAUAGAGUUGUAGAAGAUCCACAGUCAACUAUAUAUCAGAUUAAGAAUGAUUUAAAAGGCAAAGUACCUAAAGAAAUGCUUAAUAUGUGCGAUGGAAAUGACAUUGAAGAGUUAUUAUCCCAGUUUAGCCUCAAGCUAGAAGGUGAACUUAAAUGA